AGUCAUGAAGAAGAUGACAGGAAAGUCAGAAGGAGAGAAAAAAACCGAGUUGCUGCACAGAGGAGCAGGAAGAAGCAAACUCAGAAAGCAGAUAAACUUCAUGAGGAAUAUGAGUGUCUUGAGCAAGAAAAUACCUCCCUGAAAAGAGAAAUUGGAAAGCUAACAGAUGAAAUGAAACAUUUGAGUGAAAUGUUGAAGGAUCAUGAAAAGAUCUGUCCACUAUUGCACUGCACCAUGAACUUUGUGACCGUACCAAGGCCUGAUGCGCUCGCCAGCUGCCUGCCAAGAUAA